GAUUUCAAUAUUCUUCAAGGUGAGUGAGGGCUUAGCUUCUGUAAGAGACAUGGUGCAUCCGGUGUAUUAGGGUAUGUACGUAUUCUAAGCUUCCAAAAUGGUGAACAAGAUAAAAGGAUCAAAGAUGAAGUAGUCUAUUCAUGCUGUUAGAAUCCUUGGGGUCCUAGGUUUGAUAGUUGCCGCGUUCGUUUCGACAAUUCCUAGUGCGUCUGGAGCCAAAUUCCUUGCAUCCCUGUUUCACCCGCUGAGCCAAGCUUCACACAAUGCCUUCGUUGGUCGACUCACAAGGGGUCUCGUGUCUCGAGGGCACACGGUGACGGUCCUAGCUGCUGAUACUCAUGACUUCAAAGGCUUGCAGAAAGAUAUAUCAUCUACAAGGAUAGUUACUUUUAAGACGGUACCUCUUCAGCGAUGGAAGAUAUUGCGAACACCAAGCUCUCCAAAAGCCAAGAUGGGGAUAACUGGAUUGAAACAGUAAGACUCUUAAUGGCCGUUGGAAACAUCGGUAAGCAGAACUGUGCCGAUAUGUCCAACGAUGAUGACGUCAUGAAUGAUCUCCGGAAGGAAAAGUUUGACCUCCUUCUAGUGGAGAUGUUUGUGCCCUGCGAUGCGUUGUUGGCGGAAUACCUGAAAGUUCCAUUCAUCGUUAUGACGUCAUCAUUUCGUUUUCCUGCUUUCGACGAGGACUUAUACAACCUUGAAAUCCCUUCAUCCUACGUUCCUUUGAGUUUGGGCGCUUUCACCGAUGAGAUGACGUUUGUCCAACGCGUGCAGAACUUUGUCGGUCGCCAUGUGAUAGGGAAGAUCUUACAACACAUGAGCUUCAGGUCUUAUAGGGACAUCCAGUUGCAACACGACAUCGCAACAACAUCGUCAAUGAGAGAACUCAUAGGACGUGCCGAACUCUGGUUAUGCCAUGUCGAUUUCGCCCUCGAAUUCCCGCAUCCCACCGCUCCGAACUGGGUGAUGUUUGCCGGCUUGACGGCGAGCGAAGGGACCAAGCAACUUCAGGAGGAUUUGGAAGACUUCGUCCAGGGGUCUGGAGAAAAUGGUGUAGUUGUUUUCAGUCUGGGUUCGACUAAGAGGAAUCUCCUGAGCGAGGAAACCAUCGAAACGUUUGCACAGGUCUUCCGAGAGUUGCCUGCGAGAGUUAUUUGGAAAUAUGAUGGUCCUGUUCCCCGUAACCUUGGCAACAACACACGCCAGAUGCCAUGGAUACCACAGGCCGAUCUUUUAGCUCAUCCGCAGACAAAACUACUGGUAUACCACGGGGGACUUGCCGGGGUCUACGAGGCCUUGCAGUUCCAGAAGCCCAUGGUACUUCUACCGCUGUUUGCUGACCAACCUGCGGUGGCGGCUCGGGUCGCCAAGAAGGGAAUGGGGGUUGUCCUGUCGAAAAGCAACUUGACCGUUGAGGCAAUAAAGUCAGCUAUUCAUCAAGUACUUAAUGACCCAAGUUACAAGAGCAACGUCGAGAGGUAUGGAUCCAUCAGCAAAGACACGAUCGCCAGCCCCUUGGACACGGCUUUGUUUUGGAUCGAACAUAUCGUCAAGUUCGGCGGCUCACAUCUGAAGUCUAGAGCUGGAGAGAUGAAUCUCAUGAGUAGGAACUCAAUAGACGUAAUAUCGUUUAUCGUUGUUAUGAUUUUGAUGGCACUUUAUGUUGAAUAUCUCAUAAUUCAUUCCUGCUAUCGCUGUGUAUGCAGGAACAGGAACAACAAGUCGAAAUCGGAUUGAAGAUUGGUGGUAUUUUGCAGCUAUACCAAGUGAACAUUUGCUUUGUUAUUUUUUACCUAAACAAUUCAUGAUUAUUUCAACAACAAGAGCAAAAAAUAUGUAAAUUAAUCAUGUAGUGUUCAUUUCAUGUCAUUUCAUUUAUUUCCAUAUUCAAUUAAAAACAAACAUAAUCAUCAAAUCACAAACAAGAAUAUAUACAUAUAAUACAUACAGAAAAAAGUGAGAGAAGGCCAUAUUACAAACAUAUAAAAAAAAACUACAUAACAAAUUGAAAUUACCAAAAGCCAAGGGGGCUUAUCGAGGGUAAUCCCAUAGAACUGAGAAAACAAAUUAAACUAUUUUAAUGAAGAGAUGUCAAAGCCAAGAUAGAAAGAGAAGAGACUAGAGAAGGAGAAAAGACUGUAAAGGAAAUGAAAAUGAGAAUGCAUAGUAGACAGAAGGAGAGAUUGACAUAAUGUAGCAUGUUUCUACAAAAAUCUAUUAAAGGUCAAGUCCACCCCAGAAAAUUGUUGAUUUUAAUCGAUAGAGAAAAAUCAAACAAACCAUGACGGCCACAAGACGACACGAAUAAGUGCUCCGCUCCAAUCCUUAUACACUUAACACGAAAUAAGUUUGGACAGUGAAAAACGCAAGAAUGAACAAGGGACAAGCCGGUUCUAAACGGCGUAGGCCAAUCACGCCCACCAGCCCUACCCUACCGGAAAGCUCAGGGGAUCUGCUACCUGCAAUAGAGAAACUACUGGAUGCAAAGAUUGAUAAACUGAACAGUCGCUUCGAUAUUUUAGAAAGCAGAAUAGCUACGAAGGUGUCGCAGAUAGAAAGUAAGCUGGAUAGCUUUGCGGAGUCCUUAAACUUCCUUUCUAAAGAGAUUGAAGAAGUGAAAAAGGUAGAAAUACACAGAAUCCAAAACAAAUUGGAAGAGGAAAGACUGAAUCGUGAAAAGGAGAUAGACAGGAUUUCAUCUUACAUUUGCAGGGAGAAUCUUGUUAUAAUGGGGAUCCCGGAGCUCACAGAGAAGGAGGAUACCGACAAAGUGGUUAGAGAAUUCUAUCGGAGAAGCCUGAAAAUGGAAGAAGGAGUGAUACGAGAAAUAGAGCAUCAGAGAGUGCAUCGAGUACCUGCUGUAACAAAGCCACGCCCUAUCAAAGUUCGCUUUCUACGUUAUACUGAUAAAGUGAAAGUUCAACAGAAUGGCCGUCUACUGAAAGGCACAUCCUUCUACAUCUUGGAUGAUCUUCCGAAGAGAGUCCGCCUGGAGCGCAGCCGCCAACUCCCAGCUCUUCGAGCCGCUAAAGAAGAAGGAAAAAUUGCGUUUUUCUCAAGAGCAGAACCGUGGAAGCUGGUCAUCAUCGAGAGAGAGGACGAGGGAAGGAACGCGACGAGAGUUAGAAGUAGAAAUACCAACGCGGAAAAGGAUUCUGGAGAUAAUCGAGCAAUGGGUAAUGUUAAGCAAUUAACGGAGGAAGGAAUGAAAGCAAUGGCAAAUGUGAAUAUGAAUCAUAUCGCAGAGGAAGAUCAAGGGAAGAAAAUAACAAGGAAAGUGAACCAAAACACAGAGGAUUUGAUCGUGAUGGAAUGAAGUGAUUAACCAACUCGGCGAGUGAUGAAACAGGUAAAGAGAAUGCUUUCUAUACGCCAAUAGAAGAUUAAGAAUAAUAACAUGUACGUUGAUGAUUAUAGAAAUGUAUGAAAUGAUUUUUGAUAACCUGCUGGAUGAAAAUAAAUCAUUUCUGAUUUGGAGAAACAGAUAGUACUUAACUAUUUUGAAUAUGUGCUUGCAAUGAGCAGAAGUUAUUUUGCAAAAUCUCAAUGAAAAGAUCGAUAGUUUUGUCAACUUUGGAGAAAAAAAAAUUCAGAGAAGUGCAGGUGUUUUAGAGAUUGUUAACAUCAAUUCGCAAAACAAAAGAGAUACAGAGGAACAUCAGGCAUGUCAGGAGGAUGUUCAGAAUCUAAAAAUCUAUGUAAUUUCUUUUUUCUCAGAUAACGCAUGACUAUCGAGUAUAUAUACAAUAAGAAUGUUUGUUUAUACAUGUUUUGGGAAAAAAAGGAUUGAUUCUGUUCGGGAUUCUGACAGUAUUUUGAUCUGUUUGGAAGGUGAUUAAUGUUUUGUUUUUUCUUUCUUUUUUAUUUAAACAGUUUUAAUGGCAAAAAUAAAAUCAUUAGUUCAAGCGAUGAUGAAACUAGGUUAUAACUAUUUUGAAUAUCUGCUGCCAGUGAGCAGAAGUUAUUUUGCAAAAUCUUACUGAAGAGAAUGAUAGUAGAGUUGAUAACUUUG